UUAGCACAGUUGAAGCUCUGGCUUCAACCCCGAUUUGCAGUAUCAUUCACUCGAUCUCGGGAGGACAGCCUCUGUUGAUACUUGGAGUUGCAGAGCCUACAGUUAUUAUGUACACCUAUCUGUACAACUUUGCAAAAGGAAGGGAAGAUUUGGGGCGUGAACUGUUUUUGGCUUGGGCGGGAUGGGUUUGUGUGUGGACGGCAGGUUUAAUAUACAACAGGAGUUGAUGAGAAGGAAAAUGGUGGAGAGUGCCAAAGAAUGCGUCGAGCAAAAACCGAGCAACUCGGAAAUCUAUGGAAAAAUGCAAGCCGUGUUCAUCGAAAUGGAUAGUUGUCCAUCUGCUAAUUCAGAUGUACAUGAGCUGGAGGAUUUAAAGAUGGCAGUGAUGAAUGGUAAAAGCGAAUUGGAGAAUGCAAAGGACACGUUUGUGAUAGGCCUUUGAAUAUUAAAUAAGAGGGGUAUAAGGGUAAUUGUAAUGGGCUAUUAGUAUUAUAUAUGUGAGUGAAUAGGAGAGGAAAAAAGGGGAGAAUUGUAGCAGUAGGAGAGGAGAAAAGGGUAAGUGUCAUCAAUUCUUUAAAAAAAAUCCCCUUUUAGAAUUAUUGCAAAUGAUAUAUGAGGAAGAGCUUAUUGCUACAAACAAGAUUGGAUUCAAAUCACUUAUUUAUGCUUCUCACCCUAGUCACUUUGAAUUGUUACUCACUAAUGUGUUUAUUUGUGUAGAUUUUAGCUCCCAAAAA